UGUAGUAUACCCUAAUAUUCGGAACGUUUUUAGUUUUGUUAGUCAUAUGUCAUUGUAAUCAAAAUAAACAUUAUAUCGGAAAACGUGCUUCAGACGCGGCCAAUAAAUUGCCUGUUUUUAACUGAGUGAAAUUUUUAAAAUAUAUAAAUAUUCAACAUAGCUGGGAGUAAAUACUUAAAAGUAAGACAAUGGUACGGCAUAACAAUCAAUUGCCGGAUAAUUUGCCGCAGUUACAAAAUUUAAUAAAGCGCGAUCCAGAGUCAUAUAAAGAUGAGUUUCAACAACAGUACCGACAUUUUCUCAGUAGCCUAGAGGUAUUCGCUUUGAAUCCCGCAGAGGAAAACAAGGCGUUAGAUGAACUUGUGAUGUUCAUCGCACAGGUGGCUCAAUGUUAUCCUGAAGUUUGCCUGCAAUUUCCACAACAUUUGGUGGAUCUUUUGAAGAAUCAUGCAACAACUCUGGAUCCAGCAAUGCGAAAUUGCUUUGUUAAGGCUUUGAUAUUGCUGCGCAAUAAGAACCUUAUACCAGCUUUGGAUCUGUUGGAGUUGUUCUUUCAAUUGCUGCGUUGUCCGGACAAGCAUUUGAGAACGUUUUUGCAGAAUCACAUUAUAACCGAUAUCAAAAACAUGAACGCCAAGCAUAAAGACAUGAAAUUAAAUUCGAAUUUACAGAAUUUUAUGUACUCCAUGUUGAAGGAUGCCAAUCCGAAGGCGGCCAAAAUGUCGGUGGACAUAAUGAUAGAAUUGUUUAAAAAGAACAUAUGGAAUGACGAGAAGACGGUAAAUGUAAUAGCCACAGUGGGUUGUUUUUCAAAAUUGACAAAGGUUUUGGUUGCCUCGUUGAAAUUCUUUUUGGGACACGACGAAGAGGAAAAAGGUUCAGAUGAUUCCGAUAGCGACAAGGAGGUAGACCUCAAGGGAGCAUUGAUACAAAGUCGCGUAAAUAAAAAGACUAAAAAACGUAAGAAGCAACUGGAGCAAAUAAAAAAACAAGCAGUCAAAGCGCAAAAAAAGAAGAAAAAUGCACCAAGUUUCAACUUCUCAGCAAUUCAUUUGAUACACAAUCCCCAAGGAAUGGCAGAGGGCUUAUUCAAACAAUUGCAGAACAAUAAUGAACGGUUUGAGGUGAAGCUUAUGCAUUUAGAUGUUAUCUCUCGUCUAAUUGGCAUACACGAGUUGUUCCUCUUUUCAUUCUAUCCCUAUAUAACACGUUUCAUUCAACCCCAUCAAAGGCAGGUGACACGUGUAUUACAAUUUGCUGCCCAGGCAUCUCAUCCUUUGGUGCCAGGCGAUGUUGUAGAACCCAUAUUAAAGACUAUAGCGAAUAAUUUCAUUACUGAGCGAAAUUCGAGCGAUGUAAUGGCUAUAGGGUUAAAUGCUACCCGAGAAAUUUGUCAAAGGUGUCCCUUAGCAAUGGGUGAAGAUUUGUUACGCGAUUUAGCCAUGUACAAGACAUAUAAAGAGAAAUCUGUCAUGAUGGCUGCCCGUUCUUUAAUUAUGUUGUACAGAGAGCAGCUACCGGCAUUAUUGCAUAAAAAGGAUAGAGGACGUUUGACAGAGGCACAAGCCGAACUAAAGCCCAAAGCUUAUGGUGAAGUAGAUGUAUAUGAUACUAUUCCGGGUGCUGAAGCCUUGUUGAAGAAUUCAAAAACUAUUGAUUUGGGCAGCGAUGAUGACGACACAGAUUCACACGAUGGCGAUUGGGUGAAUGUCAGUCACAGUGAGGGAGAAGGCGAGGAUAAUGACAGUGAGAAGGAGGACGACAAUACCGAGUCGGAUGACGAUGAUGAUGAUGAGGAUGUUGAUGAAGAUGAUAGCGAAAACGAUGAUGAUGAGGAUAAUGACAAUGUUGAAGAAUCCGAUAGUGAAGACGAGGAAGCCGAAAGCGAAGACGACGAUGAUGAUAGUGAAAACGAAGGGGAUGACAAGCAAAGCGAAGAAAACUCCACAAAGAAAGUCCCCAAAACAUCAAAACAAAAAAUUGUAUCGCGCAAAAAUUCUAUAUCAUCAAUUUCUUCAAAAUCUUCCAAACGUUCACAACAACAAUCUAAGAAAGCAGAUCUUCCGGAAAAUGCCAAAAUCCUAAAUGAAAAAGAAGCAGCACAAGAACUGGCUCUUACCCGCAUAUUUACCGACGAGGAUUUUAAGCGCAUUAAUGCCGCCAAUUUAAAGAAAACUGUUACCAAUGCGCGCAAACGUCCGUUAGAGAAAGACCGUGAAGAGUUUGUAAAACUUGAUAAAAUCGAAAUGAUCUAUAAGAAACGCAAACAUGAUAAAGAAAGUCGUCUAGAAACGGUACAAAGCGGUCGAUCGGAUCGGGAAAAAUUCGGCUGGAAGGAUGGUCGUCAGAAUGAAAACUGUUCCAAGACCAAUCGAGAAAAACAAAAACGAAAAAAUUUCGUAAUGAUGCGUCACAAGGCUAGAUCGAAAGUUAAGAAAAGUUUCCGUGACAAACAACAAGCGUUAAGAAAACAUUUGUUGCAUAUCAAGAAAAUGAAAUAAUACUGCGACUCUAUUAGAAAUGUAUAAAGCUAAAUUUUAGAAAUUGUAAAAUUGUCGUUAUAAUUCAAAUUAUACAUAUUCAUUAUGGGAAAUAAUAAAUAUAAACUUUAUAUUUAGAAACAC